AUGGCUCCAAAAAAAGAUUCUAAGGAAGCCGCAGCUUCAACAAAAAAAAAAGACACUCCAGCUGCCGCUGCUACAGCAACAGCAACUGCUAGUGCCAAAAAACCUACCAAACCAGCUGGUAGUACAACAACAACUGCAACAAAAGUAGUUACUAAAGACCGAAAAGAAAAGGUUCAAACAAAAGCACUUAAAGCUAAACAACGAGUUGUUCGUGGUAAUCAAUUGACACGCAAUCGUAAAGUUUAUUCAAAACCAACAUUUCGUCGUCCACAUACACUUCGUUUACAACGUUCACCAAAAUAUCCAAGACGAUCAGUACCAAAACGAAAUCGUCUUGAUCAUUUUGCCAUAAUCAAACAUCCAUUAACAACUGAAUCGGCUAUGAAAAAAAUUGAAGAUAAUAAUACAUUAGUAUUUAUUGUCAGUAUUCGUGCAAAUAAACCAAUGAUUAAAGCAGCCGUCAAAAAAAUGUAUGAUGUUGAUGCUGAAAAAAUCAAUACACUUAUUCGCCCAGAUGGUGAAAAGAAAGCUUAUGUUAGACUCAAGGCUGAUCAUGAUGCAUUAGAUGUUGCUAAUCGAAUUGGUAUCAUAUAA